AUGAUGAUCCUCACGAACGUGACGAGGAUGAGGAGCUUCUUCAUCCUGGGAUUCCCUGGACUUUCACCUCAGUAUUAUGGACCCGUGUCUGCUCUGCUCUUUGUCGUCUACCUGUCCAUCGCAGUAGGGAACAUUUUCAUUUUGGCCUUUGUUUCGUGUGAGAAGUCGCUCCAAAAACCGACAUAUCUGGUGUUUUGUCACCUGGCGCUGAACGACCUGACGUUCGGCACCGUGACUCUCCCAAAGAUCAUUUCCAAAUACUGGUUUGGCGACAGUGUUGUUCCGUUUUACGGCUGUUUCGUGCAGAUGUUCUUCGUCCACUAUUUAGGUUCCGUGACCUCGUUCAUCCUGCUGGUGAUGGCUCUGGAUCGAUUCAUCGCGAUAUGCGUCCCGCUGCGUUAUCCCGUCCUUGUGACGAACAACAUCAUCUCGGCGCUCAGUGGCUUCGCCUGGUUCAUCCCUCUGCCUCUGAUGGUGGCCGUCGUCCUCCACGUCCUCACGCUGCCGUUCUGUAAAUCAAACGUCAUCGCUCAGUGUUACUGCGACCACAUCUCCAUCACGAGCCAAGCGUGCGGUGAGGACGUGAGAAUCGUCGCCAUCACCUCGCUGUGCGUCGCCAUGUUCUGUCUCUUGGUUCCUCUCGCUUUCAUCUUGUUUUCCUACAUUUCCAUCCUUGCGGUCAUUUUGAAAAUGACCAACGCCGCGGGACGCAAGAAGACCUUGUCCACGUGUAGCCCACAGAUAUUCAUCACAUGUCUGUUUUACCUGCCCAGAUGUUUCGUGUACGUCGCCAACACCGUCGGCUUCUCCUUCAGUUUGGACGUUCGCAUUUUACUGAUAUUGUUGUACAGUCUUUUGCCUCCCGCCGUUAAUCCACUCAUCUACUGUUUCAAGACUCAGGACAUCAAGCAGAUGUUGAUGAAGAGGUUGAAUAGAAGGAAAAUUGGAAUUGAGAUAAAAUUGUCGUAUUGA